AUGGAUGGGUAUGAAGCUACUAGGAUUGUGCUCUCUAGAAUCCAAACCUUAGACCCAGAAAACGCAUCAAAGAUCAUGGGUCUUCUCCUUCUUCAAGAUCACGGUGAGAAAGAGAUGAUAAGGCUAGCUUUUGGUCCUGAGUCUCUAGUUCACUCUGUAAUAGUGAAAGCCAAGAAAGAGUUAGGUCUUAUGAGCAGGCCUACAUGGAGUCAAGAGGAGUUAAUUAGCCCUAAGAACAACAAUCGUGGCUCUUCUCUCAAUCCAGCUUCUUUACCCUUCUACGGAAAUGGAGGAAGAUCUUCUAGGGAUUUAACCAACGAUCUCGAGUUCAUGGAUGAUGUGAACUCAAGAGCUGAUUUUUUGGGCUCUGUGCAUGCGAGAAGUGGUAGCUGCGUCUUGGAUGGUUUAGGGUAUGGUGAUUCUGAUUUAGGGUUUGGUGGUGUACCUUGUUCUUACUUCGCUAGAGGCUUCUGCAAGAAUGGAAGUAGCUGCAGAUUCGUUCACAGUGAUGCAGGAGACUUGGUUGGGUCUCCGAGCAGAAUCGAGCUUCUUAGGUCUAACUCUGUACCUCCAAGACUCGCUCACCACUUCAUGACUCGCUCUUCUCUUCCUUCUUUCUCUCCUAAAGGUGUAAACUUGCAGCAGAACGAAGCUCAAAGAGCUGCUGCUGCUUUGAUGAUAGGAGAGGAAUUACAGAAGCUUGGAAGAUGGAGACCUGAUAGGAUUGAUCUCUCUGCUAUGGCUUGUCCAGCUUCAAGACAGAUCUAUCUCACAUUUCCUGCCGACAGUAGGUUCAGGGAAGAAGAUGUGUCCAAUUACUUCAGUACUUUUGGACCAGUUCAAGAUGUGAGGAUACCUUAUCAGCAAAAGAGGAUGUUUGGAUUUGUGACAUUUGUGUAUCCUGAGACUGUAAAGAGCAUUCUCGCCAAAGGAAACCCUCACUUUGUAUGUGAUUCCAGGGUUCUUGUUAAGCCUUACAAGGAGAAAGGCAAAGUCCCUGACAAAUACAGAACUAACCCAACAGCAGAGCGAGAAUUGUCUCCGACUGGCCUUGAUUCUAGCCCCAGAGAUGCUUUAGGAGGGAGAGGGUUUUAUAACAACAGUCAGGAUGUGUUGUGGAGGAGUAAGUUUGAAGAAGAGAUUCUUGAGCUUCAGAGCAGAAGGCUGAUGAAUCUGCAGCUUCUCGAUGUCAAGAAGCAUUUCCAACUCAAUUCCCAUACCAACAUUCAUUCCUCGAAUCCUUUCAGCCAUUCACUUAUAUCUCCUCGCCCAUUGUCCGUCGUCAAGAGAGAAUACGAAGGUGGAGAGAAAGGGAAAGGAAGUUCCAAAGAAGGAUCUGAUGAUGAUUCAAUGAAUCUACCAGAGAGGUUGGAGGAUAGCUUGCCAGACAGUCCAUUUGCUUCGACCGCACAUCAUUUGCAUCUGUUUUCUGAUUCUGCAGACAAUAACGGAUCGGAUAUAUGGUCGCCUUCCUCUGAUAACGAUGAUAAUUCUACUCCUUCUACACUCUCUGACUCCUUCAACUCUUUCAACUACCAAAUGCCAAGGGUAUCACCGAUUGGAAUGUUACCCGGUAGGGGUGGACCGACUUGUCGUGUCGGGAUAUAA